AUGACUGAAUCAUCACAUCACCAACAAGCCUCAGCGCAAGCAAAAAAAGAACAAGAACACCGAAGACGUUCCGCACUGAAAGCACUCGCUCAAUUUAAACCACAAGUACUUGCAAACAAAUUUGAGUUUGAAGGAAAAACAUAUUCAUUAUUUUCUCCAAAUGAUUUAAUUACGAAAGAAGAUCCUUAUCAAUGUUCUUAUUGUGCUCUUCACGCUCCUCAUACACCAUGCGGAACUCAAUUAGGUAAAUAUAAGGAAUGUCUGUCGGAACAGAAGGGGCAAACACCAAGUGAAGCUCUCAGUACGCCAAGUUCUUAUGAAAAUGAUCCCUGUAAACCUGUUUUUGAAAAAGAAUUUUAUCCUUGUUUUGUCCAAUUAUCAGGAUCUCCUUAUUUAUAUUUGAGAGCAAAUGCUUUGUUCGGAUUGGAAACAAGAGAUUUAUUCAAAGUUUGGUUUGACAUUCAGAAACACCAGGCUUUGCAACGGACAAGUUUGCAUUAA